AUGGGAUUGUCAGGCUGUCUGAUCUCAGAGGAAGGCUGUGCUUCUCUGACCUCAGCUCUGACCUUUAACCCCUUCCAUCUGAAAAAGUUGGACCUGAGCUACAACCAUCCAGGAGACUCAGCAGUGAGGCUGCUGAUAGCUGGAGUGAAGGAUUCACGCUGGAGACUGGAAGCUCUCAGGUCCUACAGGAGGAAGUUGAGUUUCUCUGCAUCUGACAGAAGUUUGAACCAAAAUUCAUCAGCCAGGCUGGAGGACAGAAACGGCUUUUUGUGGUUGUUUUAUAGCAGAGGUGGCAAACUUCAGUCCUCAGACCAACUGUCCUGGGUGGAGCCUGCGGGAGUCCGGUUCUUGACUCUGUGUCCAUGGAGGUAUUCCUGUCAACUCACCAUCGACUCAAACACAGUGAGCAGAAGACUCAAAGUGUCUGAAGACAACAGGAAGGUGACGUGGGUGAAGGAGCUACAGUCAUAUCCUGAUCAUCCAAACAGAUUUGAUGUUCCUCAGCUGCUGUGUAGAACUUACCUGACUGGUCGCUGUUACUGGGAGGUCAAGUGGAGCGGAAGAGUUGAUAUAUCAGUGAGUUCCAGAGGAAUCACAAGGAGAGGAAACGGCUGGUUUGGAGAAAAUAAUAAGUCCUGGACUCUGAGCUGCUCUGAUAAUGGUUACUCUGCCUGGCACAACAACAGAAAAACGUCUAUCCACUCCUCUGUCUCUGACAGAGUUGCAGUGUAUGUGGACUGUCAUGCUGGCAUUCUGUCCUUCUACAGAGUUUCCUCUGAUUCACUGAUCCACCUCCAUACAUUCAACAUCACAUUCACUGAACCUCUGCUGCCUGGAUUUUGGCUUGGUUCUGGUUCCUCUGUGUUUCUGUACUGAGUAAAGUUUCCUUCCCUCUGCUCUCCUGCUUUCUGUUUCUAGAUAAUUCUUCACAUUUAAUAUUAGGAAGUUAUUUUCCUCUUGAGUUUUUCUUUAUUUCAUCAGUCAGAUUUAAUUCAAAUGUUGGGCAGUUUCUGUUUCUCUGGGCGAUUUUUCUAAACAUAAAUUAACAUCAAGUUCAAAUGUUACAUUUUCCUUUUACAUAUUUGGUGCAGGUAUAAUUCUUGUGUUUAGGGAGCAAAAAAGGAUUUUCUUCUGAAUACUGAGAUUCAAUAAAUAGAUAAUUGUUUCAAUAAAACAGAUGUUUUCUAUCACAACACUGAUUUUCUGAAACGUCCUAAUUUACAA